AUGUUCUAUCCAUACGAGAUCCUUGCAAACCGCCAUGUCUCCGGCAUUGGCAUCGUCUGGAUCGCUGCCACACUCGGAACCCGUUCCUCAGCCAAGAAAAUAUCCAAACGAGAGCUGUCGACAGUCAACAUCCAAAGGACAUGUUCGCACUUGAUGAUGGGAGUGAUACGCGUCUACGAAGAACAAUUUUGCUACUUUCAGAAGGAGGUCCAAGUCACCCUCGGGAGGCUCAAGUCUUCGUUGGCGCUGGCAAGCUCGGACCAGAUCAACAUGUCCAUCGAAUUCGCGCGGUACAACAUCUGCAACAUCGUCACCUUCAGUCGGGUCAAUGACUCCUCGUCUCUAAUAACGAUCGUCCUCAUCCUUCCAACCACCUUUCGCAGCGUCGCUACCAUCACACUGGCCAUGCCAACCGCCGGCGAUGAGGGUCUGCUUGAUGAAGAGUCCCUCUUGCUUCAGAGCGGAAUCGGAUACUCGGGCGGAUGGCUGGAGAAGCCUCGAGAUGAACGUGCGACCGAACAGUCGGUAAUCGGGUCCAGUCGACCGACAGAAGUUGGGCGACAGGCCUCUGUGGACACUGCAAACCUCUCCGACCUGGAUCUUGCACCAGCUUUGAUCGCGGUGCACACCUCAACACUGGUUUCGUCCAGCAUCAAUCUCAGCUCAUCGGACGUUAGUGUCAGAAGCAACUACUCCGGCUCCACCCAGCGGAGUGCCUCGUCUUUUCUCAAGCUUCUCGAUCUCGAAGACGACAUUCUGAUGGACGACGGCCAUGAGGACACACUGCCACUGAUUGACUUUGAUGAUCUACAGCACACCGACCACAACGCCGCUCCAAAGAAGAGGAAGAGGAUCGAGGCCACCGUGUUGGCGCACCGCCAUGAGCCUCCGGAAGCCCCGAGAGACCCUGAAGACCCAGCCAACUCCGCCAGUGAAGCACCUCAGUCUCCAUACUUUCAGACCCAGAUCCAGAUCCAAAUAGAUGUUCCGGAUGCGAAUGCGCCCCGUCGUCGGUUCCAUAUCGGAGACUAUUGUGGUCGUACCUUGCGGCAGGGAUAUAGAACGGAGGCUCGCGCUCUUGCUGCCGAAUGCGGAGCCAUGUCUGGGCUGCCGCAAGAGUUGGCUUACUUUUGUACCAGACUCUGCUCCACGGCCGCUCAUACCAUCGACGCCGACUAUGUGUACAGAGGGGAGACCAGCAAUGCCGCUGAUGGCACCGGUAGCAGUGGCAACUCUGGAGGCACAUCCUGGGCAGCGAUCGGCUCUGAGGCUGCAUCAUCGGAAUGGUCCGGGGAUCUGGAAAAGUAUCGACAAAACGACGCCCUCGACAGCAAACCCGACGGCACUGCAGAGGCCCUGUUUGACAAUGCGGAGCUUCUGCCAUGGCACAACAUCGACGCCUAUCGGCCCAACGAAGGGUCCGUUGCGAGUUCACCGCGCUCCAAGAUGUCCCUUGAUUCCCGAAAGAUGAGUGAGGACGACAGCUCGGCUCUGCUCGAUGUGGAGUACUCGGACAAAUCAGGCAGCAGCGAGGCUGACGAGAUGGAGGAAGAAACAGAGCUGUUCUUCGCCUACAUCCAGGAGGUGCUGAAGCCGGCAGGUGCAAAGCGCAUAGUCUUCUCCGCGCUGAUUCCGGCGCUGUCGCAUCCCUCAGUGGCGGCACAGGCGUUUCAUCACGUGCUGGUGCUCGCGACCCAAAGCCGACUCACGCCAAGGCAAGAUGUGGCAUUUGGACCCAUCGAAUUGGAGCUCACGGAGUGA